AUGAGAAAGGAGUCAGGUGGUAAUCAAUCCAGUGUCACCGAGUCAGGCCACUUACUGGGCCAACUGAAGUUUGAAUUCCAGGGCACCCCAAAUGUUCAUCCUCUGUCGCUUCCAGAGUAUCAUGAUGAGUAUCAUGAUGGUUUUGCUAACAGUGCUCCCUGUAAUUCUCCUGGCAAUACUGCUGCAAAUAUUAGUGCCAGAAUUGAGGACAGGCGGUUUUGCAGAGUCAACUCAAAUGAACUUGAACUGAAUGAAGGUGCUUUUGGUCCUUCUGGAAAUGGGAGUUGCCCCUCCCCUGGGCAGCAUUAUAGGUGGAGUAAUUCACAUCACCCUCAGCCUCAAGGCACGAUCUGGCCAAAUUCACCGUCAUUUGCUGCUCACCCGCCUCCACAAUUGCAUGCAAUUCCAAGAGCACCAUCUCAUAUGCUGAGCACACUUUUCCCCCUAAACAACCACCAUGUCGGAUCGGCCCCAUCUGUUAAUUUUUCACUUUGGGACAGAAGACAUGCCUAUGCAGGGGAAUCCCCUGAUGCUUCUGUUUUUCAUCCAGGUUCUUGUGGGACUAUGAGGAUAUCUGGUAACUCACCGCAUCCAUUAGAAUUUGUUCCUCAUAACAUGUUUCCUUGUGCUGGUGGAAACUGUAUGGACCUACCAAUUCCCUCCAAAAAUGUUGGAUUCAACUCCCAUCGUCCGAGGUGCCUGAUGUUUCCCACAAGAGGUCAAAUGAUUCCUAUGAUGAAUUCAUUUGAUUCUCCAAAUGAACGGGCUAGAAACCGUAGAAAUGAAGGCAGUUCCAGUCAACCUGACAACAAGAAACAAUUUGAACUCGACAUUGAUCAGAUUGUGCGAGGGGAAGAUAAGCGCACAACGCUUAUGAUUAAGAACAUUCCAAACAAGUAUACUUCAAAGAUGCUUUUGGCUGCAAUUGAUGAACACCAUCGAGGAACUUAUGAUUUCAUCUAUUUGCCCAUUGAUUUCAAGAACAAAUGCAAUGUGGGUUAUGCAUUCAUCAAUAUGACUGAUCCCUCCCUAAUUGUUCCUUUCUAUCAGGCAUUUAAUGGAAAGAAAUGGGAAAAGUUUAAUAGUGAAAAAGUGGCAUCUCUUGCAUAUGCUCGCAUACAGGGAAAAGCUGCUCUUAUUGCCCACUUCCAGAAUUCAAGCUUGAUGAAUGAGGAUAAGAGAUGCCGCCCUAUUCUUUUCCACACUGAUGGUCCAAAUGCAGGUGAUCAGGUGCCCUUCCCCAUUGGUGUCAAUGUUCGACCUAGACUCACCAAAAAUCGAGGCUGCACCAGUGAGGAAACCCAUCAAGAAAGCCUACCAAAUUUGGCGAACAUGGAGGAAUCUUCUAGUGGGGACUCAUCCUCAGGUUCCGUGAAGGAUUUAGACUGA